AAAGGAAAUUUUCUCUCAUUUUCUCAACUUGCCUGCGCCGUCCACGGAAAAACCCUAGUGAGACUUCCACUCCAAUCCGCCGGAAAUUACAUAAGACCACCGAAUCGCCGACGUCAUCGACGCAAAACCCAGCCAACACAGACUUAUCCACGCCGUUUGCAAGUUUUUAGACUCAAAGGACGACCAACUCGAAUCUCUAACCCUACCUUCCAAACCGACGUCGCCGGCACAAACCCUAACCGACGAACGCUUUGCCACGGUCACCAGAAACUAUUCGACUGAAUCCACCACGGAAUAGAUUCGCAAACCCUAGCCCCAAUUCACGGCGUUCAGAAGCAACUCAAUUAGAUCGAAGUCGGUUUUGAUUUCAGAGUCGGAGAAAUAAUGGAAGGCAUUAGACGAUUCAAUGGUCUGUUAGAUGGUUUGGGUCCACGGUUUGAAGAUUGGUGAGGAACUGGGGUGCUUCCUGUUGAUGCUGAACAACACCCUCCGAAUAUUCCCGGAUGCAAGACACCGUUUAGGCUUCUUCCUACUGGAACGCGGCCCACGACUAACCAAUGCUGAGAUGACCAACUUAUAGAAGCUUGCUAAGUCGCUUCCUUGCCACUUUGCCCUUGGUUACUCAAAGAGAAGUAAAAAAUGGAAAGAAAAAGGAAGAGCAGGUGGAUAUCUCAUUGUAACACCCCGAGUUUUCAUGCACGAAUUUUUAGAGUAUAAAAAAAAUUUGGACGAAGAGAUAUUUGGAAUCAAAGUGCAAAUAAAUUUACUUCAAGGAUAAAAGUAAAUGAAAUACUCUUAUUAGAAAAUUUUGGAACAUAUAUGAGAGCAGUAAAAUACAAAACAAGCUACACAAUUGGAUGAAUGAAGCUACAAGUAAGGUUCCUAUUCAAGCAUAGGAGACCCUUCCAAGGAGGGGAAUGAAGUAGUAGCUAAUCCUACUCUAUUGGAAUUGUAGUAGCAAAAACUUAGAUAAAAGUUAAGGUUGCUUUGGUCAAAGGAGCUACAAUAGGAGAUCUUCUACCCCUCCUCAAUCUUCUCUCCAUCUUUCUCGAAAAUAUGGCCCCAUGUAGCUCCAAGGAGCAGCCACCUCACCUACAAAAAAUUACACCAAAAAGGGUGUCAAAUUUUUAACACAUAAGAAAGGGAAGAAGAGAGACAAGCUCAAUUAAGAUAGUAGGAGUAAUAGGCAGCCAAGAGGCUGCGGUUUUCAGCUGUGAGGACAGCCAUAGUUGACCACUCUCAACUUACACCAAAUGGGAAUCAAGACCAACUGCCACCAAGUAAGAGGAGCCAAACACAAGCCAAAAACUGAUACAAAGAAUUUCCCCUAUCGAGACUCAAGGAAAAGUCAAGGAAAGACUUCCUCCCCUCAAGAAUUUCACCAAAAUAGUAUAAACAACAUGACUAUGAAGCUUAGAAAGAGAGCUGAGCUUAUAACCAAAAUUAGGAGCUCAAUGCCCAAGAUUCUGCCACAAGAGGCCAAGGCAUUUUGCCUAUAAAUACCAUCGCCUCCCUCCCCACUCCACACUCAGUUUUCCUGCCAAAUUCUCGCAAGGCAAGGGAGUGCGACGGAGUGAAGGGCGACGGAGUGAGGAGCGACGGCAGUCAAGGGGCAGCCAAGGACCAAAGGGAAUCACCGAGCAAGGUAAUCCCCUCGACAACACCCUCUUUUGCAUCAUAUAGAAUGGUCGGAUAGCACAAGAACAUAGAACUCCUCAUAAGGAUCCCUACAACAAGUAUGAAAAUAGAACAGUAGCAAAUCCACCAAGUAUUCCCCAGUGAACAUAUGCAGAACCAAAGCUACAGUGAGCCAAUGCUCCCAAAUGCAUAUGUAAAGUCAUAACACAUAGCCAAGAAUCCCAAUACCACAAAGCUACUGCCCAACUUCCCCUCAAAGCACAAAAAUCACAAGAACAAGGAUUUGAGAUAACAAAGCAAUACCAAGCUGAUGCAUAACUCGAUAAUUGACGAGUAAAUGGGGGAAAGGGGGAAGGGACUUAGCUUCUGGACUGAGAGGCCGCCGGGCGGCAGCGCGCGAGACGGAGGUGGUGCGGAGCGAGGAGGACUCCCCGCUAGACUCCAGCGACCGCGAAGCUCCGGAAACUUCCGUGGAGAAAUUUCAGGCCGCGGCUGAGGAAGAGGGAGGGAGGCGACGCCUCCUCUCCACUGCUGACUCGCCGAGAGAGAGAGCACUCGUUGGAGGACGUUCAACGGAGGGAGCGGGCGUGAGCGGCGGAGAGCCGUGAGAGAGAAGGGAGACGUCGCUGCUCCUCCAUCUCUAAUUUUAGGGAUUUCAUUUGGAAAUUGGAAACUUGGGAGAUUUCCGGAACGAAGAGAAAAGGAGAGAGGAUGGGCGAAUUAGAGAGGGACUACGCCGGUAGAUCUCCGGCGAAGCCGGACGGCGAGAGAGCGCGAUGGGGGAGGCGCUGCUGUUCUUCCUCUUCAAUUUCAGGAUUUGGGAGAAAUAAUGGGGGAGAGAUAGUUCACGAUGGCAGCAAGGGAGUAUUUUGGACCCCAAGAGUUGGGCUUUGUUGGAAUUAAUUAGUUGGGCCACCUUAUUUGUUUUAGUUGGGCCAUUCCAUUAAUAAAGUGACUUGGGCCAAGAUUUAAUAAAAGAAAGAGAGGGGAGAAUGGACCUUAUUUAUUUAAGUUGGGGCCUUUUGAGAGGAGAAUGGGCCGAAAAUAAAUUAGGAAGAAUGGGUUGUUCCCAAUUAAAAAGGUUUUGGGCCAUGAGAUUUUAUUGGAAUGGGCUACUUAAUUUAAUUAGUGAAUUUGGGAGAUUAUUUCGUGGAGGGAAAUUAAUUUAAGAAAUUGAGCUUGGAGCUUAAUUAAAUUAGUUUCCGGAUAAUUUAUUCCAAGGAAGGAAGAUAUUAUAAUUUGGGAAGCGAGGGUCGACCGGCGUCGCCCCGCCACGCCAUGGGCGGCCUUAAGAGAUCUUAAGAAGCCUUAAGAAAAAUCCGAAGAAGAAGGAAAUUAAGGAGGGAUUUUAAGAAUCCAUAUUUAUUGAGAAAAUAGAAUUUCUCCAAAAGAAGUAAAGAAAAUAAUUAAGUGCUGCAGAACAGUGAAGCCAAGUUAGGAUUUAAAGAGAAAACCUAUAAGCCGAGACUAAGAGAUAGAUGUUAUCCUGUAGGAUGCAUGCAUUCUUUUUCAGAGAAAUAGUUCAAGUGCUAAUUAGCGUGUUACGCUAUUUAUUUUCAAGGGAGAAAAUAUUCAAGGGCAAGUGAGGCCUAACGAAGAAUUUAAUUGAAGAUAAGCAUACGAGGUGGGCUUUCGUAACUAAGUAUUUUACGAGCUUUCUAUUUAAGAUAUGAUUGUGGGCUUUCUUUUAAUAUCCAGCACUAUAGUGUGGAUAUAAAGCAAAUGUUUUGAAGUUAUAAAAUACCUUUUCUAAAAAAUGGAGAUGUGAUCAUUUCUUUUAAAGUCGUUGUCAUGCCAUAAAAUAUUUGUUUUCGAGACCUGUCUGUGAGGGCUAUACGCCGAAAGUUUGGCGGUGCCAAACAUUUGGUAAUGAACUUGGUUUCCAAUAGGACCGCAAAUCCUAUUCGGAGUUACGUGCGCGAGCGCGAGAGUUUGGCGAUGCCAAACAUUUGGUAAUGAACUUGGUUUCCAAUAGGACCGAAAAUCCUAUUCGGAGUUACGUGCGCGAGGGCUGUGAGCCAUUUUCCAAUAGGACCGAAAAUCCUAUUCGGAGUUACGUGCGCGAGCGCUGUGAGCCAUCCUAGAGAGAGGCUGACCGGCGAGGGUGCUUGUGAAGGCGGCCACCUUCACGGCCCACUGGAUUCUCAGACAUGGAGGAAUACAUCAAGAACUUAGAUUGAAAUCGGACUUUUAAGAUCACAAAAGAAUUUAGUAUGCUCGGGCCUUUUAAGAAAACCCCCGUGUGAUACUGUUGAUGGAUGACAACUUAUAUUGUAUGUUUUGUUUUUGGCAAGUGCCCACUGAGUACUCCUGUACUCAGCCCUGCAUGUAUUUAUAAAUGUGCAGAUUAAGCAAUAGGGUGGAAGCGUGCUGAUCAGAGUCGAUGCUACUUAAGUAAAUAAGUGUGGAUCUCUCGACGCUUCGUGUCUUCAUACGCGAAGUCGUUUUCUGGACUUUUUCCGCUGCAGUUUGUUAAGAGAGUAUAGUGAACUCUCAUCAUCGAAACUCUGAUUCAUUUUGAUGAAAUGCCAUUGUUAUUCAAAUCCUUGUAAUCGAAUACUUGGAUCUUAUCUAUCAUAUAUUGUUUGACUUUUCAAUGUGCAAGUUCUAUCUUCAUUUCUUCCAUAUUUCUUUAAAUCCCUUUAUUAGUUGCGAUUUAUCCGCUUUUGCUAUCCUUGGCAAAGUACGGUCGUGACAGAGUGGUAUCAGAGCCUCAGUUCUUUUCUGCUCUGAGAUCCAAAUACUCCUUUCAGUCAUGGUCUAGACUUGUUCGCUAGACUAAACCAAGUAGCCGACGAGAUCAGCACUCCAGCCCGACGUGUUCGACAUAAUUUUGAGAAAACAGUUUCUUGGGGUGUCUUGAGGACCAAGUGAAAACUUUUUGAAAAAAAAAAAAAAAAAUUCAGUGACAAGAGUAAUGUUUUUGCGAAAUCUUUUCAUAACUCGAACUGUAGGACUCGAACGAAUUCUUACUACCGCUUCCCUGAGCGAUGAUUAUAAACAAUACUAGAUACGUUAGUAAGAAAGGACGUGAUGUGCGGCGAGCAAUACUAGAUACGUUAGUAAGAAAGGACGUGAUGUGCGGCGACAAGACAUAACACCUAAGAAGGACCAACGCCCGAUGCAGGAAGCAUGAGAGGGCAGAGGUCGAGGAAGAGAGAAUGAGGAACAGUGCUGUAAGGGAAUAGCACACGGUAAAUCCUCGCCCAACCGAACUGCAUUACCAUGCUUGGGAGAUCGUUAAUCCUACCGCGUCACACGAAUCUUGUAGAACGACGGUUUAAGAAAAAUGGACUUAGCUUACGAUGAAUUUUAGAUCACUUCUUGUAGUGGCUUUAGUAGACGACUUUCCCUACUUAGACGUUCGCGACUCGAUCCUUAAGCUUUAGAUCACAAGUUGACCGCAACUCGGACUACGAUGAUGGUUUUGAUGGAAGCCCUGGGCUGACCUCCCAAAAAAACUCUGAUGGUGAAUUAUGGAGAAGUGAAAGUUAUACCAAAAGAAAUGCACUAGAAUACGAAUUCGUUCAGAUUAGUCUUUAUGCCUCAUAGUGAAUCGUGCUUUGGUUAGCACGUAAGACCCGAAACGUGAUGUGGAAAACAACUAAGUGCUUUUGGUGAUGUGUUGCAGUAUGAAAUCUUAUGACGCGUACUUGGGAAUACGAUGUGGGAAAUCCUUGUAAGAGUCCUCCUGAGGCAAUUUUGUUUGAUAUAAUGAUAUACUAACCUUCAGUAGCUAUGAAAAUCGUGUGCCUCGAUAAAGUUGUUGUGUUCUAGUUUCUAGUUUGUUGAUGAGUUUGUCCGUUCCGCACCGGCAUAGUGCUUAAUGGUAAAACCGUGCUUAAUGUAUUAGUAUGCUACCCGAAAGAGUUGCAAGACCCGUAGGCCGAGGCCACGAAAUGAUACUAGCAUUCGAGAGAGGGAGUCCUGAAUGGUGGCGCGAUGUGACACUACCGCCACCGCCCCAACCACAAGAUCGUCGGAUCGAGGAACUUUUCCUAAAGCAGUGUCCGCCGGUAUUCAAUGGUUUGGGAGACCCGAAAGAAGCUGAGACUUGGGUCAAGGCACUAGAACGCCUAUUUGACUUCCUACGUUUCCCGGACAAAGACCGACUGAGAUGUGCAUCAUUCCAGCUGACUGAAUCUGCGGAUUUGUGGUGGGAAGCGAGAAAGAAAACAAUAACUCUAGGACAAUUGGAGGGGACUACUUGGGAACAAUUCAAGACUGAGUUUUAUAAUAAGUAUGUUCCCCUGAACUAUCGAAGGGAAAAGGAAGUGGAAUUCUGUAACUUGAGACAAGGACCGAUGUCCGUGACAGACUACGAUCGGUUGCUCUGCGAUAUGUCCAAAUAUGCACCGGAGCAGGUGGAUACUGAUGAGAAAAUGGCUAGGAAAUUUCGUGCCGGUCUGAGGCACGAAAUUCGAAUGGCGUUGGUUCGCCACGGGAGGUUGACAUACCCUGAAUCGCUAAGAGAAGCACUAUAUGUUGAAUCUACUUUAGCAAAGGAGGAACCUGCACCGGUCACCACUACCGCAUUCCGCCAAGUCCAGGCUCAAGCACCUAGGAACAAGAAACAGUUGAAUGGACAACUGACUCAACUCGGGCCCAAGAAAGCUCGGCUAAAACAGAACAAGCCACGAGGGUUCGGGAGGCAAACGACCCCCAAAACAGUCAGGAAAUAUCAACAAGAACCCCCCGUUUGCCCAGAGUGCAAUAGAACGCACUAUGGGAUAUGCAAGGCGGGAACAGGAGCUUGCUUUGCAUGUGGGCAGAGCGGACAUUUUAAGAAACAUUGUCCGACAAAACCCCUGGAAAUCGGGACGAGGUCACACCCGACAAUUCAGUCAGAACUGCGGACACCACACACACAACUUGGAGCAAAUCCACAAGUGCCACCGCCAAAUUAUCAGCAGCCGCAAGGUCUCCUGUCACAGGCUCGAGAGUAUGUCCUAACGCAGGAACGGCUAGAGGGGAACCAAGGAAACCUAGCAGGUAUGGACGUUCCCUCGACUUACCAAUUAUCAUACUGUUGGAUACAAGUUUUUAUGCCCAUCUCAUAACCGCAUUUUGAGUAGACACUUUAGAUAUCCACCGAUCAAGCUGAACAUAGGAUAAAGGUGUCCUCACCAUAGUAGGCCUUAUAAAUAGUACGAAAAUUUGCUUGAACAUAGAAUUCACCGAGAAAGACUCCAAGUUAAGGGUUCACAAUUUCGAAACGUUGCCAUAAUACUAGAAAUGGACUGGCUGGCGGAAGACCACGCCACUGACGAAAAUCUAUAAUCUCGAUGCUUUAAGUCGUUAAAUGAUUAGAGAAAGACAAAUGGGAACUUGAAAAUGGUAGACAUCGCCGUAAAUUCCAGAUAUGCCACCGAUAAUACCACGGUACAGACAAGUGGAAUCCAAGAUAACACCUAGAACCCGGAUCCGCCUCGAUAACAAGAGCACCUUACCAAAUACCAGUUGCACUUAAAGGUCUAAUGAAUCAUGAUUUUAACCGGCGCUUGAAAAAGAACCUAUUCUAGCUUUGUGUGACAGAUUCGUGUAUCUGAAGGACGCAAGAAAACACUAAGGACAAUAGAGGACUACGCUAGAAACAUUAAGAGCCGAGUAGCUCUAUGCUAAGAUUAGCAAGUUUUGAGUUCAGGCUUAACGAAGCAAAUUUCCUCGAACACAUGGUAGCAACGGAAAGGAAUCCGAGUAGAACCACAGUAACAGACCACUGUAGGAGGCUAUCAAAGGAUCCUCUGAAAUUGCGAUGACAAUGACUCAAAAGCUCGAGAAAAGGGUCGAGAUUUCACGACUCCCUGAGCAAAGUGAGCUUGUAACUACUAGAAGAGAAGAUAACUAUGGUGCUAGCACUAGUUACCGCAAAACUCGAAAUAGCUACAUCGUCGGCACCGACGCACUGAAGGGGUUGGCCUGGCCAUGGCUAGACGCGGAAGGGGCAGAGAGAUCAAUUAUGCAUCAUGGCAGCUCAGGCCGCAUAAGCUGAAAUACCCAACGCAUGAUCUAGAAGGGGCUGGCAUAAUCUACAUACGAAAGGAUUUAGGCAUACGAUAGAUUGAAUGUCUAAAGUUAGCGAAAGACUGCGACUGUAGCGUAAAUCACUAUCCGAGCAAGCCUAACGUAGUGGCCAAUACGCUGAACCACGAAACUCAAACAUGGUUAGCAGCCUUAAAAGGGAAGAGGAAUACUGCAAGAACUUGAUAGAUUGAGCCUAGAGGUAGAGCGAGCGCCCGAGAAGGUGGGAGAGAGAAUUUCCACUUGGGUAGAAGUGCCAACCUCAGGAUCAAGAUCGUAAACGCACAAAAACAGAGUAUGACAGUAGAAGGUUAUACCUGAAAGUAAAAGCGAACGACCGAAGGAGUCACCACAAGGAACUGUGGGAAGAUCUCACAUUCGAAUGUAGGUCGUGUGUGGCAGAACAGUAAGAGCUCAAAGAUGAGAUCACAGGAAAAGCCACGACACCAAGUCAUCAUGGGAGUACCAAGAUGUGUUAGAAUCGGGAGAAGAAAUCCCGGGGGCAAAGGAUUAAGAAAGAUAUAACAAUGGUUGUACGAGGAUAACACAAGCUGGGUGACAGUCGAUCGCCUCACUGUGCAUACUAACUUUGUGACAAUCAGACAAGUUAGUUGAGUUAUACACAUCUUCGUAAAAUACCAGUAAUUUUCACAUUAGACCAAAACGACAGAUCUACGACUAGAUUUUAGAAGAAUCUACAAGAUUGGUUUCAAGGAUUUAUUACCACCGAUAAGGUGAUGAAGUGUCAAAGCGGGUGUAGGAAACGCUCGAAGACACGAUCGAGAGCCAAGGUGCUCGGUAUAGAAGGACAAUUGGGAACAAGUUUUUACCAGAGAUGAAGUCCGUUCAUAACGAGAGCUACUAGGCAAAUAGUGAAAUAGUACCGUACGAAGCCUCACACAGAGAGGAGCUUAGACGACCCUCUAUAGAACGAGGCCAGUGAGAAAAAAGUAUUGGACCCAGAUUUCUAUUACGGAGGUGAUAGAAAUUUCUCAAGAAUCCUAGAUGAAAGAAAGGGGCUAGGACGGAUGGAAGUCCCGCAGUGAUGUCAGACUCAUAGUUUAACAAGAAAAAGCAAGGUUAAUUGAAGACUGUCUCCCUCAAAGAGAUAAUUGGAUUCGAAGUCAAGGGAAACUUCGACCGCAAUAUAUAGGGUCUAGUGAGAUGCUCGAGAGGAGAUAGUCAUAAAUAUGGACAAGGAAUUGCAAGGGAAGUCAAAACAUUUCAAAGAAUACAAUAAUGGAGAAGUAAGUGUUAUUUUGGAUGAAGGUGUUAGAGAAACACCAUGGAGGAAAUAAGGGGCAAUGCGGAGGAGGAAUAUCUUGAAGCAUGCAAGUAGAGCAGCACAAAUUUCGGGACGAAAUUUUUGUUAAGGUGGGUAGAAUGUAACACCCCGAGUUUUCAUGCACGAAUUUUUAGAGUAUAAAAAAAAUUUGGACGAAGAGAUAUUUGGAAUCAAAGUGCAAAUAAAUUUACUUCAAGGAUAAAAGUAAAUGAAAUACUCUUAUUAGAAAAUUUUGGAACAUAUAUGAGAGCAGUAAAAUACAAAACAAGCUACACAAUUGGAUGAAUGAAGCUACAAGUAAGGUUCCUAUUCAAGCAUAGGAGACCCUUCCAAGGAGGGGAAUGAAGUAGUAGCUAAUCCUACUCUAUUGGAAUUGUAGUAGCAAAAACUUAGAUAAAAGUUAAGGUUGCUUUGGUCAAAGGAGCUACAAUAGGAGAUCUUCUACCCCUCCUCAAUCUUCUCUCCAUCUUUCUCGAAAAUAUGGCCCCAUGUAGCUCCAAGGAGCAGCCACCUCACCUACAAAAAAUUACACCAAAAAGGGUGUCAAAUUUUUAACACAUAAGAAAGGGAAGAAGAGAGACAAGCUCAAUUAAGAUAGUAGGAGUAAUAGGCAGCCAAGAGGCUGCGGUUUUCAGCUGUGAGGACAGCCAUAGUUGACCACUCUCAACUUACACCAAAUGGGAAUCAAGACCAACUGCCACCAAGUAAGAGGAGCCAAACACAAGCCAAAAACUGAUACAAAGAAUUUCCCCUAUCGAGACUCAAGGAAAAGUCAAGGAAAGACUUCCUCCCCUCAAGAAUUUCACCAAAAUAGUAUAAACAACAUGACUAUGAAGCUUAGAAAGAGAGCUGAGCUUAUAACCAAAAUUAGGAGCUCAAUGCCCAAGAUUCUGCCACAAGAGGCCAAGGCAUUUUGCCUAUAAAUACCAUCGCCUCCCUCCCCACUCCACACUCAGUUUUCCUGCCAAAUUCUCGCAAGGCAAGGGAGUGCGACGGAGUGAAGGGCGACGGAGUGAGGAGCGACGGCAGUCAAGGGGCAGCCAAGGACCAAAGGGAAUCACCGAGCAAGGUAAUCCCCUCGACAACACCCUCUUUUGCAUCAUAUAGAAUGGUCGGAUAGCACAAGAACAUAGAACUCCUCAUAAGGAUCCCUACAACAAGUAUGAAAAUAGAACAGUAGCAAAUCCACCAAGUAUUCCCCAGUGAACAUAUGCAGAACCAAAGCUACAGUGAGCCAAUGCUCCCAAAUGCAUAUGUAAAGUCAUAACACAUAGCCAAGAAUCCCAAUACCACAAAGCUACUGCCCAACUUCCCCUCAAAGCACAAAAAUCACAAGAACAAGGAUUUGAGAUAACAAAGCAAUACCAAGCUGAUGCAUAACUCGAUAAUUGACGAGUAAAUGGGGGAAAGGGGGAAGGGACUUAGCUUCUGGACUGAGAGGCCGCCGGGCGGCAGCGCGCGAGACGGAGGUGGUGCGGAGCGAGGAGGACUCCCCGCUAGACUCCAGCGACCGCGAAGCUCCGGAAACUUCCGUGGAGAAAUUUCAGGCCGCGGCUGAGGAAGAGGGAGGGAGGCGACGCCUCCUCUCCACUGCUGACUCGCCGAGAGAGAGAGCACUCGUUGGAGGACGUUCAACGGAGGGAGCGGGCGUGAGCGGCGGAGAGCCGUGAGAGAGAAGGGAGACGUCGCUGCUCCUCCAUCUCUAAUUUUAGGGAUUUCAUUUGGAAAUUGGAAACUUGGGAGAUUUCCGGAACGAAGAGAAAAGGAGAGAGGAUGGGCGAAUUAGAGAGGGACUACGCCGGUAGAUCUCCGGCGAAGCCGGACGGCGAGAGAGCGCGAUGGGGGAGGCGCUGCUGUUCUUCCUCUUCAAUUUCAGGAUUUGGGAGAAAUAAUGGGGGAGAGAUAGUUCACGAUGGCAGCAAGGGAGUAUUUUGGACCCCAAGAGUUGGGCUUUGUUGGAAUUAAUUAGUUGGGCCACCUUAUUUGUUUUAGUUGGGCCAUUCCAUUAAUAAAGUGACUUGGGCCAAGAUUUAAUAAAAGAAAGAGAGGGGAGAAUGGACCUUAUUUAUUUAAGUUGGGGCCUUUUGAGAGGAGAAUGGGCCGAAAAUAAAUUAGGAAGAAUGGGUUGUUCCCAAUUAAAAAGGUUUUGGGCCAUGAGAUUUUAUUGGAAUGGGCUACUUAAUUUAAUUAGUGAAUUUGGGAGAUUAUUUCGUGGAGGGAAAUUAAUUUAAGAAAUUGAGCUUGGAGCUUAAUUAAAUUAGUUUCCGGAUAAUUUAUUCCAAGGAAGGAAGAUAUUAUAAUUUGGGAAGCGAGGGUCGACCGGCGUCGCCCCGCCACGCCAUGGGCGGCCUUAAGAGAUCUUAAGAAGCCUUAAGAAAAAUCCGAAGAAGAAGGAAAUUAAGGAGGGAUUUUAAGAAUCCAUAUUUAUUGAGAAAAUAGAAUUUCUCCAAAAGAAGUAAAGAAAAUAAUUAAGUGCUGCAGAACAGUGAAGCCAAGUUAGGAUUUAAAGAGAAAACCUAUAAGCCGAGACUAAGAGAUAGAUGCUAUCCUGUAGGAUGCAUGCAUUCUUUUUCAGAGAAAUAGUUCAAGUGCUAAUUAGCGUGUUACGCUAUUUAUUUUCAAGGGAGAAAAUAUUCAAGGGCAAGUGAGGCCUAACGAAGAAUUUAAUUGAAGAUAAGCAUACGAGGUGGGCUUUCGUAACUAAGUAUUUUACGAGCUUUCUAUUUAAGAUAUGAUUGUGGGCUUUCUUUUAAUAUCCAGCACUAUAGUGUGGAUAUAAAGCAAAUGUUUUGAAGUUAUAAAAUACCUUUUCUCAAAAAUGGAGAUGUGAUCAUUUCUUUUAAAGUCGUUGUCAUGCCAUAAAAUAUUUGUUUUCGAGACCUGUCUGUGAGGGCUAUACGCCGAAAGUUUGGCGGUGCCAAACAUUUGGUAAUGAACUUGGUUUCCAAUAGGACCGCAAAUCCUAUUCGGAGUUACGUGCGCGAGCGCGAGAGUUUGGCGAUGCCAAACAUUUGGUAAUGAACUUGGUUUCCAAUAGGACCGAAAAUCCUAUUCGGAGUUACGUGCGCGAGGGCUGUGAGCCAUUUUCCAAUAGGACCGAAAAUCCUAUUCGGAGUUACGUGCGCGAGCGCUGUGAGCCAUCCUAGAGAGAGGCUGACCGGCGAGGGUGCUUGUGAAGGCGGCCACCUUCACGGCCCACUGGAUUCUCAGACAUGGAGGAAUACAUCAAGAACUUAGAUUGAAAUCGGACUUUUAAGAUCACAAAAGAAUUUAGUAUGCUCGGGCCUUUUAAGAAAACCCCCGUGUGAUACUGUUGAUGGAUGACAACUUAUAUUGUAUGUUUUGUUUUUGGCAAGUGCCCACUGAGUACUCCUGUACUCAGCCCUGCAUGUAUUUAUAAAUGUGCAGAUUAAGCAAUAGGGUGGAAGCGUGCUGAUCAGAGUCGAUGCUACUUAAGUAAAUAAGUGUGGAUCUCUCGACGCUUCGUGUCUUCAUAUGCGAAGUCGUUUUCUGGACUUUUUCCGCUGCAGUUUGUUAAGAGAGUAUAGUGAACUCUCAUCAUCGAAACUCUGAUUCAUUUUGAUGAAAUGCCAUUGUUAUUCAAAUCCUUGUAAUCGAAUACUUGGAUCUUAUCUAUCAUAUAUUGUUUGACUUUUCAAUGUGCAAGUUCUAUCUUCAUUUCUUCCAUAUUUCUUUAAAUCCCUUUAUUAGUUGCGAUUUAUCCGCUUUUGCUAUCCUUGGCAAAGUGCGGUCGUGACACUCAUAGUGACAGCAAAGAAGGAAAUCAGUUGUGAAAGGACAAUCGAUAGGAAAAAGUGGAUGGGAGAAAGCAAUAAUCAGAGAACUGAAUCAUUGGCAGCCUAGGAGAGACGAAAAGUUUAUUGUUUGGAGAACCUGCAAAGGCCUAACACCUACCACCCAUUCAGAUGCAGAAUAUGGUCAACAAAUUCGAGGUUAAAAUUUUUAAAGAAUAAGGUAAUCUCAAAAAAUUUCUUCACCAAAAAUGAAUAAGUGGCAACAUUGGAAAGAUGAGAGGCUUCUCUUUUCCAGUGCAGUAACAUGCCUGAAAAUGUCAAUCCUGAAUUAUUAUCCAGACUAAUAGUUACAUCCAUUUUUUGCAGGUGAUACAUGUUUUAAAGAUAGUAAUAUUAUAUGUCAGAUUAAUUAAAUUACAUUAGUUACCUAUAAAUCUGAACGAAUACUGCAUAAUUUAGUCUUAACUUAUCUUUUAAUUAAAAUUCAAUAAGUUAUCAUUGUAA